GCAGCUUUAAAAGGCUGGGUAACUCCCUCCUGCCUAGAUUCACUUCAACAAAGUCUGUCAACACACUUCCCCUCUCAGUUCUAACCAGCAUAUGGAAAUGGAGGACCAAAUGGAAAGCCAGAAGAGGAGAGGAAUGAGCAAAGAAGAUUUAAUAUCUGAACGGACAGGCGCUUUGGGAUGCAUUGGUUGGUUCAUUGUGAUCCUCUCUGGCAUCUUCACAAUCACCCUCUUCCCCAUCACCAUCUGGUUUUGUUUUAAAAUUGUUCAGGAGUACGAGCGUGCUGUCAUAUUCAGACUGGGUCGGAUCACAGACAGGAAAGCUAAAGGACCAGGAGUUUUCUUCAUUUUGCCAUGCACUGACUCUUUUGUGAAAGUGGACCUGAGGACAGUUUCAUUUGACAUCCCACCACAAGAGAUCCUGACCAAGGACUCAGUUACAGUUAGCGUGGACGGUGUGGUGUACUUCCGGGUCAGCGAUCCCAUCGCCUCUGUGGCCAAUGUGUCCAAUGCUGACUUCUCCACCCGUUUGCUGGCUCAGACCACCCUCAGAAAUGUGUUGGGUACUAAGAACCUGGCUGAGCUCUUGUCUGACCGUGAGGGCAUUGCUCACAGCAUGCAGUCCAACCUAGAUGAAGCCACAGACAACUGGGGCAUCAAGGUAGAGCGUGUGGAGAUCAAAGAUGUGAAGCUGCCACAUCAGCUGCAGAGAGCCAUGGCUGCAGAAGCAGAGGCUGCACGAGAAGCCCGAGCCAAGGUGAUUGCAGCAGAAGGUGAGAUGAACGCAUCUCGUGCCCUGAAGGAGGCGUCCCUCGUGAUCGCGGAGUCCCCGUCAGCCCUGCAGCUUCGCUACCUGCAGACCCUCAACACCAUCGCAGCGGAGAAGAACUCCACCAUCAUCUUCCCCCUGCCAAUGGAUGUCCUGUCUCAUUUCAUGCGCAAGUGAUCCCUCAGCCACUCCUCACUUUGCUCUUCCAUUAAAGCCGCUUUUAAUUAAAACAGCCAGCUGGGGUCAUGUUACAUUUCUAUGGCUCUGUGUAAAAUAAACUGCCAGGAUGGAUAGGAUGGAUAUGAUGUAUUGUUGUACCAUCAACCUUUUUUUUUCAGACUGAUUGUAGGAACAUGAGCUGUGAUCAAGACAGGCCUGCCAACCAAUGUGAUCUUGAUUAAACUCGUUGUCUGCAUAAUUUACAUGUCUUUGAUAAAAUGGAUGUAUCUAUAGUGUGUAUAGCUUUGAUACAUUAAAUACAAAAUAGUUUUAUUCUCAGACACACAAAGCUUCUGUUUCUCCUGUCUCGACUCUUGAAUCUCGCGUUUGAUUCAUCACUGGACAGUUUUAUGGGCGUCAUGUCAUGAUUUUGAAUUAAAUUUGAAUUAUUAAAUU